AUGACUUCAUUCAUCAUUCAAGGUACAUCUAAACCUACUCCUUAUACCCGAGAAAAUACCCGAAGCUCUUUCUCCCUCUCCACUCUCCAUAUUUUCUCCACACGGCUCCGGCCACCACACACGGCUCCGGCCGCCCGGUUCACACCCUACAUAAACACUACUCCGUACCCUUUGCUUAGCUAUUGUUUUUCUACAAACACUCGAACUAACUUAGGCAUCGGAGGGCCUUUGGCCAACACCCCCCCGGGAAUCGAGGAAGAGAGAGAAGGAAGAUCGAAGGUUGAAGGAUCUAGAAGCGAAUAUUCUCCCGUGAGAUUAUUUGCACAAACAUUUGGUGCUUUCAUUGAGAGCACGAGUUAUACUCAACGCGUGCUCAAGGAAUCCGUUCCUCAUAUUUUCCAAUCCACCGAAGCCUUCCAAACAACCAUGGUUGGAAGCAAGCGCACGAGGAGUAAAACCGCCGCGAUGGCUCAAUCCGUGACGGCCCAAAGCCACUCCACCCACGAUCCCGCGAUCAACAUGGUGGCACCACCACCUCUCGCCACCGUGCCACCUACCGGACCCGCGACCGAAUCUAGCAACCUCCGUGGCACCGCCGCCGAACAUGGUGGAACCUCCCAUCAAGGUGGGCUCGUUACCACAACCGACUUAGGCCCGGUCUUGGAGCAACUUCAAGCGUUCCCUCCAUUGCCUCCACGCUCGACACACGCUCUCGCGUACACCUCCAGUGAAACCCUAGCCCGUGUGCAAUUGGGCUCCACACGCUUCUCUCCUCCCGAUCCACAAAGUCAAGCAGAUCUCAACCUGAGAGUUGACCAGCUAGCUCAGAGACGUGGCUCAAAAUCUUGGCCUUGGACAACCAGGCGAAGUGAGAAGAAUAGACGAACGCACCGGUGGGCAGCUCAACGGGCACCAAGCGGUCGAGCAGGAGCGAGCAGACAAGGGGAUGCACAACCACGUGAUCAGCUUGCCGACAUGUCGCGAGCAUCUGCAAGCCACACACAAAGCAACGUGCGAGAAAGGCUCGGCCCACGACUUGACGUCCGUGCUCGCCUGGGCCCGCAGGGGAAUGUACUUCAAAGGCUAGGCUCCCAGGGAGAUCAAACUGACAAUCGCCGCAAUGAGGAUCGUGAAGAGAGGCGCUCCGCUGCCCACUCGCAGAGAAAUAUUCACGAAAGGCUAGGCUCCCAGGGAGGUCAACCCGGUAACCCUCGCAAUGAGGAUCGUGAAGAGAGGCACUCCAUUGCCCGCUCUCGGAGAACCAACUCUCGCCGUCAAGCUGCAGAAAAUCCCUCGCAAUCGCAGUCCACCAACACGCCUCCUAGGCAUCGCGGACGAGAGGACCGACCCUUGCAGACCAACGAGGAGGUCAAUCAGCGUCGCUCGAAUCGCAAAAGGCGCCAACGUGAUCGACCAGCACUGCGCGUGGAAGACGUUGAGAAGCUUGUGAAUGACCGACUUCGAGACUUGAAGACUAGCGGGAACCUCGAGGAUGCACUACGUAAGGAGAUGGACCAGGCGAUCUCUACUCCUUUCACCCCUGAAAUCGAGCAGGCUACUCCCCCGAAGCGAUUCUCAACGCCUUCUUUUACGCAUUUCAAGGGAGAUUCCGAUCCCGAGAGCCACCUAAAACACUUCAAAAGUGUCAUGAUCCUCCACAAGGCCGACGACGCACUGAUGUGCAAGGCAUUUGCAAUGACAUUGCGAGGAGCAGCUCAGGACUGGUUCCACACCCUGCCAUCUGGGUCGAUCAACAGUUUCAAGGAGCUUGCCUAUGUCUUCACUAAAGAAUACACUUCUUAUCGGACGAUCAAGAAGAACCCAGAUCAUCUGUUCAACCUGCGCAAGAAGCCCGACGAAUCCAUUCGAGAUUACAUCAAGAGGUUCAAAGCAGAAAAGGCCAACAUCGUAGGGUGCGACGACCGAAUCGCAUCAUCUGCCUUCAAGAAAGGUCUUCCAGCAGAACACGAGUUAUACCGCGAGCUGACUAUCACUCCCAGCCAGACUUUAGCAGAGGUCUUCGCGACCGCAGAACGCUACGCGCUCUGGGAUGACGAUCGAAUUGCCGCGAAGAAGUCCACUGAGCAGGGAGAUCGGCAGACCAAGCGGGCGGGCCUAAGAAGCGAUGGAUUUAGCAACAAGAACAAGGACAAGCGCAGGUCACACCCACAAGAGGACGCUAAGGCAGGAGAGAACUACACCAAGUUCACUAUCCCUAUACAUCAAAUCCUAGCCCAAGUGAAAAACAAACCUUGGGUAAGAAGACCGCCACCCUUGAAAGGAGAUCCAGACAGGAGGGAUACUAGCAAAUACUGUGCCUUCCAUGGGACGCAUGGACACACUACGAACAACUGCUUCGCUUGGAAAGCACACCUCGAAGAACUCGUGAAGGGAAGGUCACUGCACGAAUUCAUCGCUAAGCAGGCCAUCCAACAGAUAGAGGACCGCGACACCGCCAAGGAGCCGCCCCAAAAGGUCAUAAGGAUUAACACAAUCCUAGCCGACUCCGAGGAAUCUGGGUUGACCAGCAAGGAAAAAAAAAGGAAGAUCAAACAAGCCACUAUGAUCUCCCAAGUCUCAACCGACAUUCCGCUAGCAGAAGACGACCCUAUAAUCGGCUUCCAAAAGAAAGAUCUAAUUGGCCUUGAUCUACCACACAAUGACGCUCUUGUCAUCAGCAUUCAAAUCGCUCAGGCCAUGGUCGGCCGAAUCCAUGCAGACGAGGGCAGUGCGGCCAACAUCCUACAAUUGACAGUUAUCCAACAGAUGGGCUUAGAGGCAAAGAUCAAUAAAUCAGCCAAGUCGCUGACUGGUUUCAAUGGAGCAACAACGGUCACCGUAGGCACGAUAGAGCUCGACGUCUACGCCCCACCUGUAAUCAGCUCUCAAACGUUCAUGGUCAUUGAUGAAGUCUCACCCUACAAUGGCAUUCUAGGCAGGCCAUGGAUCAGCAAGAUCAAUGCCAUCACCUCCGCCACGCAUCAGAAGAUUCGCUACCCAAUUCCUUGGGGUGGGAUCGGCCAAAUCAACAGCGAUCAGGCAAUGGCGAGGAAAUGCUCAGCUCAAGGGCUGAAGAAAGGCAAGCAAACACAGUUCCUCCCUGUGAAUCAAGCAGAUCUAAAGGGAGUAGAACAAGCAGAUGAGGAAGCAGAUCCCGUUCCUGACGGCCGAGCAGGCCAAAAAGGAAAGGGAAUAACUACUCCCCAAUAG